CAGGUCUGUGUGAGUUUUCAUCAGGGAGAGGGAGAGAGCGGGGUAGAGGACGAUGGCGGAGAAGAUAUGACAAGUUUGCUCCGAGUGAAGAAGCGGAGCGGCUCUGUAACGAUGGCGUUUCGGUGAAGAUAUCUACCCUCUGCUUAAUUUUAAAGAAUGCAUCUGAGCAGCUCCGCAGUACUUAUGGCAUCGUACGAGUAGGAUAAAGGACAUCGGCUGCUCAUAGAUUGCGGAUCUGGAAAUCCGGAUUUGGAGCCUCUCCGCUCGGCCGCUUUUAAGUUCUCGACUCUGAGAGUGAGUGUGUGAAAAUGAUCAAGGCUGAGAGCAAAGGGGAGAGGACUUUGCGGAGUGCCUCUCCGCACAGAAAUGCCUACAAGUCGGACUUCCACGCCAUUAAGUGCUCCUUUGAUGGGACUAAAUCCGACAGCUCAUCCAAGUCAUAUGCUAAUGGCUCCAGUGACCCCCGGGAGGACACAAGGGGGCGACCGUUUGGCAACAGGGUGAACAAGAUAAAGAACAUUUUCCUGCAAAUGGAUAGCCAGCAGCAGCAGCAGCAACAGCAGGAGACUCAGGAGGUGAAGCCCGCUCUGAAAACGGACACGUCUCAGGUCCCCUCGCUGCCAAAAUUUCCUGUUGGCUCCAGCAAAAGUAGCCUGAGCAGCCCCACUGGCCUGGAAGUGCCGAGCUCAGACAAGACCCCAAAGGGGGAGGAUGGCGAAAUAGACAAAGCAGCAUUGGCAGAGAAGUUCUCAGUGACUAGAAAACUCUUUGAGAGAGGGAUAAAGGAACAGCCUGCUGUAGAGAGGCCAGCUCCGGGCAGGGCCUCGGGCCGGGUGUCCCAGGGGAGUGUGUGUGAAGAGAGGAGAGCAGGCAGGAGACCUGGAGGGGCUACCGAAAAUAGCAACAACAUUAUUAAAACAGACUGUAGCCCUACAUCACAGGACAGGAGUGUGUCGGAGGAGAAGGAGUUUGAGGAAUCAAAACCGGUCCAUAGAUUACUAAAUGCAGGUCCCAUAUCCAGACGACUGGAGAACUUCAUGACAGAUAAUGACAACGAAGAGAAAGUGUCAGCUAAAACUCUAGAGAAGGUGUGUAGCCCUGCAGAAGGUUCAACGCCCACAUCACCUGUAUGUGAUAGUACUCACAAACCAGCUUCAAAUUUUAGUGACCACUUACAAAAAACAACCUCACCAAAUACUGAUUCCAAACCACUUCACUCACCUCUCAAACCAACCUCGCCCACUAGUGACUUUGCAUUCAAAUCUAGCUCGCCGGUCUGCCCGGCACCCUACAAACCCACCUCUCCCACGACUAAAAACAAUGACGAGCCCCUUUCACCCACUGCCACAAGCCCGGUCAAGCGUUCCUCCUCACGUGAUGGUUUUACCAAAUCAUUCACAGGCAGCGAGGAAACUAAACCUGCCAGUCCAUCUCCUAAAGAUCAAAAGCCUUCACCUUUUGUCAGCAGUUUUUACAACAAGGUCAAGAGCCCAGAGAUAGCAAAGAGUGGCUCCGGUCUGGUGCGGACCCCAUCCAAGGACAAGCUACCUCCACAGUCCCCACCAAGCUUGGAUCCUGCUGGGGCAGGAGUGGUUCGAGCCGAGCUUGUGGUGGUCCAGAAUGAGUCCUCAGAAAGUGAGGAUGAGGAUAAGUGUGUGGAUGGUAAUGUGUUUGAGGAGGUGAAGCUGAAAAAGCAGCUCAAUGCUGAAUCACUCAAGGCAGGCCUGACUGGAACACCUGCAAUUCCAUCACCCCAAGAAGACCUACAGAAGGUCGCAGAGGUCAAGCAGCAGGAGGAAGACGUAUCUCAGGCACCAGAACAACAUACAGGGGAGCAGAGAGAGGAGCCAAUGGAAAAAGAGAGCAUCAAACAUUGUGAUGAGGAGGAGGAGGAGGAAGAGGAGGAGGAAGAAAGUGAACAAGAUCAGGAUGAAUCUGGAAAAACGUCUCCAGUGUUUUAUAGUUUUGAGAAUGCAGCCUUUGUGGAUGAUAAGGAGACAGAACCCAUUCAGAGCAAGGAUGAGGAGCAGAGGGAAGAGGAGGAUGAGGAAGAUGAUGAGGAAGAUGAUGAAGAAGAUGAUGAUCAGUGCUAUGAGGAGUAUGAAGAAUUGGCUGGUCUUUCAGAAGAUGAAGAACAUUCACCAAGGAGGAAGAUCCGCUUCUCUACAGCACCGAUACGGGUAUUCAGCACAUACUCAAAUGAGGACUAUGACCGGCGCAAUGAUGAGGUGGACCCUGUGGCAGCAUCUGCGGAGUACGAGCUGGAAAAGCGUGUGGAAAAGAUGGAUGUCUUUCCGGUGGAGAUGGAGAAAGGUGACAAUGGGCUGGGCAUCAGUAUCAUAGGAAUGGGAGUAGGGGCUGACCAGGGCCUGGAGAAACUCGGCAUCUUCGUAAAGACCAUUACAGAGGGGGGAGCAGCAGAGAGAGAUGGCAGGAUACAAGUCAACGACCAGAUAGUAGAAGUAGAUGGCAUCAGUCUGGUGGGAGUGACCCAGCUCUUUGCCGCUACAGUCCUCAAGAACACAAAGGGAACUGUCCACUUCCUGAUAGGGCGGGAGAAGCCAGGGACGCAGAGUGAGGUGGCGCGGCUAAUCAGUGAGACUUUGGAGCAGGAGAGGCACCAGCAGCAGCAGAGACUAGAGGAUCCGUAUGAACAGUCCACAGAAGAGGACGAGCACUACGAAGAAGAAGAGGGAGAGGAAGAGGGGAUUGUGAGCUCAAGUUUCGGUGGGAGGGUGAAGGAGGUGUAUGAUUUACCCGAGAGCGAGGGAAUGUUCCUGCCAUCAAAUAUGGAUGGCGCACAGCUCAGCUUCAAAUUUAAAGAGCUCCAGAUAAAACACAGCUUAGCUGUUGCUGAAUUAGACCGGCUCAAAGAGAAGUUGAAGGACUCUGAUAAAGAGCGGACAGCAUGGGAGACACGGGAGGCGCAGCUAGAGAGGAGUAUAGAGGAGAAUGCUGAAAGAAUCACAUACAUGGAGAAGAACUGGCUGGAAGCUCAGGCACUCUGCAAAGCCAUCAAUGAACAGCUAACUGACACUCAGAACCAAUAUGAGGCUCUGGAUAAGAAAUACAGCAAAGCCAAGAAAUUGCUGAAGGACUACCAGCAGAAAGAGAUUGACUUUGCAAAGAGGGAGGAAGAUCUAAAGAAUACGCUGGAGGAGAGGGAGAGCUGGUACAAAACUCAGCUUGAGGAUCUACAGCAGAGAGUAGCAGCCUUGGAGAGCCAGACCAAGUCUCAGGACUCUACAGCAGAGAGCAGUAAUGAGGGACCUGGAGCUUCAGACAAUAAAUCUGCAGACUCCCUUCUACCAGAAACCGACUGGAGUGAUGUAGUCCCUGAGACUGAGCGUUUAGACACCAGUGCCCAUCGAGCCAAAGGCCAGCUAGCCCAAAAGGCCAAGAGACCCCCUUCACGUAGCAAACUGAGAGAGGCCUUCAGCUCCCCAUCGUGUCCUCCUCAGGCUGAAGAAGAUGAGUCUCCAAGUCCUGAGGUUCCUUGUCGCCGUCGGAGGUCUAUCCAAGAAAGCUUGUCUCUACCAGUCACCGUAUCUCACCCAGCUAACGGGCAGAGGGAGGAGCCUAGCAGCACCAAAAAUAUAAUGGAGCGACCCUCUUCUCAUAGAGCUAGUGCAGACAGUACAGAGAGCUCUACCCUUUCCCCACCCAAAGACUCCUCCCCCUCUGGAUUUCUCAGAAAUGUCAAGAAGAGAGAGUCCAAAGGAAAAUGCAAAGACAAUAAAGAUGAGUCAAGUGAUGGUGCAGGAAAAUCCAAAAGACGAUUCCCAGAUUUUGGUGGCCUUAGGAAGUCUGGCGGGAAAGGAAAGAAACAUGACAAAGAAGCCAUGAGAGCAUCACUCGACAGCAGGGGAUCAGCGGAAUUGCUUGAAGAGACAGGAGUAAACGUUUCUCCUUCAGAGUCCAUGGCAUCCAUCCCCACAUGUAUGCCUUUCUCUUGGUUUGGUGACAAGGAGAAGGAGAAAGAGAGAGAGCGAGAUCCCUCCUGUUCCUCCAGUAGUCUGCCCUACGUUGCAGCAGAGCCUAGUGAACAGCAGGACCGUAAGAACAAGACAAACCUCUCCUGGUCCUCUUUGUUCAGUCGAUCUUUAGAUUUGAGCUGGUCAGUGCUAGAUGAGUCGAAUCCAGGCAGUCCCAGUUCAGAGUUAGCAGGGCUAGUGGCAGAGCCCAACCUGUCAGGCCGCGCGCACACUUUAACCUUCUCUUCCAACGAGACGCUGGAUGAUGAGCCUUGCUCUGGAGGGAAAGACUACCAGUGGCAGAACCGCCCAGUCUCUGAAUGGACAACUCAGCAGGUCUGUCACUGGCUGAUGGGCAUGAACAUGGACCAGUACACUCCGGAGUUUACUACGAAGGGUGUUGAUGGACAGCAGCUGUUGAACCUGGACAGUGACAAACUCAAAGUGCUUGGGGUCUCUAGCCAAAGUGAUCGUGCCAUGAUUAAGAAGAAGCUGAAGGACAUGAAAAAAGCACAGGAGAAACUGGAGAAACAGCGCGAGAAACGUGAGAAAGAAGCAAGACGAAGCGGUAGACUGUCGGGCAACACUGAUUCUGUCUGCUGAGGCCAUUGGGUCUCUUGCUCUUUUUCCUGUCUCUAUCUCUCUAUCUCUCUCUUUCUAUCCUCUAAAGCCUUGACACACUAGUUUGUGGCAAGCAGGCAGCUGAUGGCUUUUUUCCAUUCUACAGCUAUGUGCAGCACGCUCUUGGUAGGAAUUGUUAGCCAAUGUUAGUCAUUAAGGCACUCUAGUGAGCAAUUAAUCUAUUAUUAAUCAGUGUAAAUAGUGUGCAAAACCUCACAGAGCUAUAUGAAUUAGCUGCUCUUCUUAAUCCUGAUAGGUGCAGUGAGUGAAGCACAUUUUAAGAAUCUUGAAGUGUGAGACCUGCCAAGUCUUUUCAGAUCCUUCACCUUAGGCCUUAACUCCAAAGGAUACACCAAUGUAUGUCUACUCCAUGUACACUUUCCCAAAUGUCCACUGCCUCGCACAACCUGUUAAGAACAAAUGCUGGAAGAAAAUGUCCUAAUUCACCUGUACUAUUACUAGUGUACUGUUGUUGCAUGACGACAAGACUGAAACCCUUCUUUGGGCCAGAUGCAUUGGUUAGAGAAGUGUUUUAUUAGACAACCAGCUGUGGAACCUCUAGCUGAGUGUGAUUUUAUUGGACUAACUUUAAUAGACCAAAUUGAUUUUUACUGUAUUUUAUGAGCACAAUGAAAAAGAGCAUUUCUUGUUUUGAGGGAAUAUGAUUUGACAGUUGGCUGUAUCAUUUUCACACACAAAUACCACUAAUGCUGUGGAACGUGUAAUGCUUUGAAAACAUUUGAUAUCUUUAUUUUGUAAAAGGACAAGUGUCACCUGUGGCCCUGUAUAGACCUUUUUUUUUUUUGCUGGAACUUUGUACAGUCAUAGAGUGAGAGCACUAUAUUGUCUUUUAAGAGACAAAGGUUGAUCUGGUUUUUUUAAUGUACAAAUAAAAUGUUUUAUACACAUCUAUUAACUGCAUGGCUUUAAGAAAAAAAAAACAUUAUUGAUUUUAACUUUUGUACACUUUUCUACUGAGUAGAAUAGGUCAUAUGUACUCAUUUUGCAGAUUAUAAAAGGAGAAAAAGUGAAAAGGUGUUGCUGCAGCUUGUCCUUUUGACUGUGUUGGUUAUGGUGAUUUCUUUUUGCCUAACUGACCACUGCGAAUCUUAUACAGUAUAUCAGUGAUAUAGUACCAAACUAGGGGACAGUUUCAAGUUAUACUGCAAGAUUCAGUUGUUUUCUUUUGUUUGAACAAGGGAGAGUGCAAUCAGUUUUGAUGUAGAGCAAUCAUUACCUGUUUUCAGUUUUGUCUGCAUUGCCUGUUCUCAUUUAGUCUGUUUUGAGUCAUCCUGAAUGUUAGCAAAGUCUUGACUAAUUAAACCCCGUAAAUUUGCCUGCAAAGGGACGAUAGUGAUUGUUCAGCUACAGGGCUAUUUGUCUUAACAUGUGAGGUCCUGAUAUCCAAUCAUUUCUCUGGUACAAGUGUAUAAGCUGCAC